AUGUGGUUCGAACGAUUCUCUUUCAGGAGAAGGAAAAUCAGCUCGAAAGAAAGAAAAUGGGAAGAAUCCUUCUCAAAUCCGGAUCAGACAGUCAUCAUGUGGCCGGAGCAAGCAGCGGAACAUAUAGAUAUUCUGACCACCCUUUACAAAUCUCAACAUGACGACCAGUACGAUGAUAAGGAGUGGACUAUUGUUGUGGAGGAGGUGACUCCUAAGGGAAGACGGAGACCUAUAGCUGCUGUUCCGCUCAAUAUUCGCCUUUUCAUCAUGGAUUUUCCUGAUCAGAAGUCUGAGCUCAAGCUGAAACUUCGACCACUGGUAUCUCAAUUGAAGCAGUGCAAUCUGGUGCUGCUACUCUCAAGUCAACUGCUCAAGGAAGGAUUCAAGGAUGAUGUCAGUCUUGCCUCCACCGUUUCCCAAAAUGGCCGCGAUUCCAGGGAACAAAGUGUGUGUGAUGUACUGAAUGCCUCUGAAGAACAAGUCGAUCAUGUCUAUAUAAUAGAACUCAGCAAUGUUGUGGCUCAGUUCGUCUCUGUGUCUCUUAUUUCACCGUUUUCUCCAAGAAGAGAAUUGCUGUGUUUAUGUGUGUUGGCGGAUUGA